AUGUCUCACUUCUUAGACAGCGUUUCCACCAUCAUUACUGUCUUUCACCAACACGCAAAGGAAGAUGGAGACCAAUCCAAACUCAACCGAAGGAAGAUGAAGGAGUUCAUCCAGAAGGAAUUUGCAGAUGCCAUAGUGAACCCACAUGACCCUCAGACAAUUGACAAGAUUCUGCAGUUUCUGGAGUGGGAUGGGGAUGGAGAAAUCGAUUUUAAUGAGUUCCUGCUUUUAGUAUUCAGAGUGGCUAAGGCCUGCUACUGGUACCAGCAGAAGGGACGAUGCCUUCUGCAAAGAACAAAGCUGAUAACCAGCAGCAAGACAGUCCAAGAGCCUGAAAUUAGGAGCAGAGGGAGCUGUCAGCAGUUCCAGGAAGAGGAAUCACGAACACUUGAACGCAAUCGCCAUCCCCCCUGCAUACCUGAGCCACGACGAGACACCAGGGCCCAGGAUCUUGAGACACAAGAGGAGACGGGAAGUCAUCGCCAGCAACGUAACACACAAACUAGAGCUGAUGCAAGACAAAGCACCAGGCCAAGGGAAAUGACCCCUCAGGAAUAUGAAGAACAAAACCAAGAGCCAUGCAACCAACGAAGCAGCCGAAGACAUCAGCCACCCGAGCUGGACAGACUGGGAGAUUUACAAAACCACAAGCGCGGCAGCUUGAAGACAGCACAGAGAGAUGAAAGACAAAAUCAAGAGAAGCCUCAACGAGAGCAACUAGCAGACGUGAGGAGCUGCAGCCAUUCCUGUGAACCACAGUUGCUGCCAGACCGGCGGAGUGGCCGUCAGCCACGUGAAUCAACAUUGCCAGUGUAUGAUCAAAGAAACCAUCGACCACAAGAUCAAGAGGCAGUGGCACAUGGGAGAAGCAGCCGUCGGCCACAUGAGCCAGAAGAAGCAGAUAGAGGAACGCGCAAUCAAAUGCAAAAGCCUGAAUUACUAAAAGAAGAGAGAAGCCGCAACCACCUACGUGAGCUGGAACAAAAAGAACUUGAAAGAAGCAGCCGCCAGCCGUGCAAGUCUGAAUACAUGGAUUCAGAAAGGCUGCAUCAGUCAUACCUCCAGGAACCGCUAGUAAUAGACCGCAGAUACAAUAACACAAGGGAGCUAGAAGAAGAAAACUAUGAACAAGGGAAAACACAGAAGGGCAGGAGAUCACAUGAACCCACAACAUAUGAAAGGACAAGAGAAGACAUUGUGGCAGAAGCUGAAGCUGACAUAGAGAUCCAACAUGUGAUACGAAAUAGGGAGAGAGAAGUAAGGAGACCCCGUGAAUCCAUAAGGAACGAACGGAUAAGGGAGGACAUUCUGGCUGAAGCUGAAGCUGAUGUGGAGAUCCGCCGUGUUUCCCGGGAACGGGAGAGACAAGAAGAAGCAAGGAGACCCCGUGAAUCCAUAAGGAACGAACGGAUAAGGGAGGACAUUGUAGCUGAAGCUGAAGCUGAUGUGGAGAUCCGACGUGUGACACAAGAAAGGAACAGAGAACAGGAUAGCAGACCCCGUGAAUCCGUGAGGUCCGCGAAGACACGGGACGAAAUUGUAGCUGAAGCUGAAGCUGAUGUGGAGAUCCGCCGUGUUUCCCGGGAACGGGAGAGACAAGAGGAAGCCAGGAGACCCC